CAGCGAAGGGAGGGCGGCACCCCAUUGGUGCAGGAACACCUUGGCCAUAAGGCAGGACUGCUCUAGAACGGGGGCACAGGGAGCAGGAGGGGGGCGCCCAGCCUCCUUCCCUCCCCGAGGACUCGGGACGAGAGUAGGGGGAGAGGGGGGAAGCGCCCUCCAGUCUGACGCCAUCUCUGCUUUGUCCCCCCAGAUCGGAACCAUGUCAUCCACCCAGCAAGUGUGGCACACGGCGGUGCCCCCGCCGGCCCUGAGCAGCCCGUCGGCGGUGGUGCCCAUGGGGCCCGUGUCCCCUCCCCCAGGCUCCCCCGAGGACAAAUCGGAAAAGGUGUCGUCCCCGCUGGAGUGCUCCAUCUGCUUCUCAGGCUACGACAACAUCUUCAAGACCCCCAAGGUGCUCUCCUGCACUCAUGUUUUCUGCCUGGAGUGCCUGGCCCGGCUCGUGGCGGCCCAGCCCGUCAGGCAGUCGGAGGACACCAUCCCCUGCCCCUUCUGCCGCCAGCCCACGGCCGUGCCGCUGUCCGGCGCCCCCGCCCUGCGCACCAACCAGGAGCUGCUGGCCUCCCUGGCCCCCCACCUGCGCAAGGAGGAGCCAGUCUGGAUGGACGGCAGCAAACUCUGCUACAGGCCCCCCCUGCCUUCGAGCGCGGGUGAGCCCCCCGCCUGCAUCUGCCUGGACGUGGCCCUGAGCAAGCCGGAGGCCGUCCACCUGCCGUCGCCCGUCCCGCCCCGCCGCAGGGGCUUCCUGGCCAGGCUUUCCUACUGCAGCGACUGGAAGAGGAUCCUGCUCAUCACCGUGCUGCUGAUCAUCCUCUUCUGCAUCAUCCUGUGGCCGGUUCAGUGCGCCCUCAAGACUGGCAACCUCCGCUGCUUCACCCGGCCCCCUUCCAGCGUGGCCCACCGGCCCAGUCCCUCCGGCUUGCCUCUGAACGAUGAUUAAAACGGCCCCCACCCCGUGAGUGCAGCCGUCAGGGCUGGAGCCCCGGGCCACACGCAGCCUCCUUCGCCCCCCGCGGUCGUCGCCCGGUCUCCAGGAUGGGACCAACUCUCGAGGACUCGAUGUCUGGGGGCCGGUGGGAGGGACAUGGAGCGAGGAGAUAACCCUCAGCCGGGCUCUCCACAGCAACAGCAGCACUGGGAGGGACCUUGCCGGUCCCCGGGUCCGAGUCCUUCAUGAAGAAAGUGAUCCGGCCAGUGUCGCUCAGAGGGACCGGGACAGAGCUGGGGUUUGUCCCCAAGUCUGCAGGUCCCUGGCCCUGAACUCUUUCUAACAGAUCCUUCUUUAAAAUGUGAAAAAGAACUAAGUGGGGAGGGCAGAGGACUAGGAAGGGGACGGAAUGAGCGCCCCCCCCACUCAGGACACUGAUUUGUAAUUUUCUACAACUCAUAUUUUAUUUGUAUUUGUAUGUGAACAUUUCACCUCUGAGGCUCCGGUGUCUUCCGGACCAUCCUCUCCCCCGGGGUUGCCCCAGGCUGGGCAGGGCUGGUCCCUCCCCUGGACCCCAUCCUGCUCUCCCCCAACACGCAGUGCCCCCCUCCCGGACUCCCAUUCCCACUUCCCUGGUCUGACUGGCUCCACCCUUCAGCCUCCCCUUCUCCCGCCAGGAGAGGCCUGAGCCAGACUUUACUGACCUCCCUUACACCCCCUCCCCCCAUCAUUGCACUUGUUGGAGCACAUCCUGGGCAUUAAACCAUCCCCAUCUCCCAGUCUUCCUCCCCAUGAUCCGUCCUGGUCAGGGAGGGAGCCAGGACGAGGGUCCAUUAUCUGUCCCCUCAGUUUGGUAAUUGCUAUUUGUUAAAUAAAUAAUUUUGUAUCUGUUU